CAUGAUGAACAGUAAUUAAGAAUAUGAAAGACUAGAAUAGUUCAGCCAAAAAAGAAUAAAUUAGCCUAGACGACUCAUAUCUAAAACUUUAUCAAUGGGUAUAGACUAGGUACUAAAUAGGAAUAAGAGGCGAAUAAAAGAGACGUUUCUCUUAUCUACUAUGAAUACUGUAUCAUCUCUAAUUAUAACAAAAAAUCAAUCACAAUUUUACUCAUUGUUAUUUGAAUUUCCCAGAUAAAUAGGGCUCUGUGUUUUAAAUAAACAAACCCAUUUAAAUGAAAUGAAUCGCAUGGUAGAAACAUGUAAGAAGAUAGAAAAAUGGAUUCAAAGUUAAUUUUGA